AUGCACCCUUGCGCAGACGGCCGUUUCAGCGGCGGCAGCCACGGCUUUGUCAUCGGCCACGUCACCCCUGAGGCCCAGGUCGGCGGCCCCAUCGCCCUCGUCAAGGACGGCGACACCAUCAUCAUCGACGCCAAGACGCGCCGCAUGGACAUCGAGGGGAUCACCGAUGACGAGCUCGCCGCCCGGCGCGCCGCCUGGACCGCGCCCCCCCUCAAGGCGACCAGCGGGACGCUCUACAAGUACAUCAAGCUCGUCGGCAGCGCCAGCGAGGGCUGCGUCACCGACGCGUGA